AUGAUGGAUUUUUACAUGGACCCUCAUUCUGACUUGGAGGUGAUUUUGGACUUCCUUGAGGAGUACUACAGACAAAACACAGGAGAAAUAGCAGAAAAGGUGAACUGGGCGGCAAAUGAAGGGUCAUGUGAGCAACCCUGGAUGCACAGUAGAAAGGUGCGACUCUUCCACUUCCUCUUUGAGAUGCUGGAGGAUCCAAACAUGGCCCACUGUGUCUCCUGGGUGCCAGCGGCCGCCGGCGUCUUUCGCUUCUCCUCCACCAAUAAGGAUGAGGUGGCGGCGUUGUGGGGGCAGAGGAAGGGCAACAAGAGGCCGAUGACGUACCAGAAGAUGUCCCGCGCCCUGAGGAACUACGCCAGAUCUGGAGAGAUCUUCAAGGUGAAGAAGAAGCUCACCUACCAGUUCAGCCGAGACACCCUGGCACGACUGCAGAGCUGUCAUAAAGGAGGAAUCUAA